CUGAUGUUUUGUUUCAUCUUUUUGCUGUCAGUGAACUCACAGUUUGUUUUCGACAAAAUGUUGUCUUUAGAAGAAGAAUCUCCUAAUUAAUGCUUCAUUAUUGAUCCGAUUAGUGUGUGUUUACAUUCCAACGUACAGCCAGGAGUGUACGGUUUGGAGUCUGCCCGAAAACAAAAACCAUAGUAGAUGCUAAUGCCUAAAGAAGCCUGCAUUUGAUGGAUUGAGUAGAUUGCCAUUCUUGACUGACUGCAACACGAUCCAAGACAUGAUGGGCCCCAGGCGAAAAUCCACCAAGACAAGUAUGGUUGGAGGAACACAUUGCACUUCUUUGCAAAAAGAGGAACCAAAAGAUUACAUAAAUGAGCUUUCACACGAGGUGCUCUGCCAUAUAUUUCGCUAUCUGCCUAUGCCAGACAUUAUGUGCAUGGAAUGUCUAUCAAGAAAGCUACAAGAGGCAGUAACUCUGUAUUUGCGAGUGGUGAAAAUGGUGGACCUGUGUGCUAGCCGGUGGUGGGAGUACAUGCCUUCAGGAUUUACAGACACAAAUUUCCUCACACUUCUGAAGAAGAUGCCAGAUUUGGAGCAGUUGUAUGGUUUGCACCCACGUUAUUUAGAGCGUAGAAGGGUCAGGGGAUAUGAAGCUUUCAGUAUUCCUGGUGUUUUGGAGGCUCUUCAGGCUUGUCCUCGUCUUUUGGGUGUUGAGACCUCUCAUUUGGAGCUGGUGGAAGCAAUAUGGAACUACAUGCCUCAGGUUCACAUCGUUGGAAAAUUCAGGAACCGCAAUGGGGCAUUUCCUAUCCCUCCGGAAAACAAACUUACAAUUCCAGCUGCAGCUAAAAUUCAGACCCUUCAUCUUGUUGGGGUCAAUGUCCCAGAAAUUCCUUGUGUGUCUAUGCUCAGACACUUGUAUCUGAAGUGGGUUCGUCUGACAAAACCUCAGCCGUUCAAGGAUUUUUUGUGCGUGAGCCUGCGCACGUUUGUCAUGAGGAACUGUGCUGGUCCCACCAACUCCUUGAAGUAUGUACCACUGGUGACAGGUUUGGCCUCUGCACGCAAUUUGGAGCAUCUAGAACUUGUGAGGGUUCCUUUCUUAGGAGGACUGAUACAACAUGUGGUGGAGGACAGCUGGAGGUCAGGAGGAUUUCGCAAUUUGCAUACUAUUGUAUUUGGUGCCUGUAAGAAUGCUCUUGAAGUGGACUUGGGCUACCUCAUCAUUACUGCUGCACAUGGCUUACAUGAAGUUCGAAUCCAGCCUUCCUUAACCAAGGAUGGGGUCUUCUCAGCACUGAAAAUGGCAGAACUUGAGUUUCCACAAUUUGAGACUUUGCACCUUGGAUAUGUUGAUGAGUUCCUGUUACAGUGUAAAUUGAGUCAUACUGAGUUGGUCAAAUAUGGCCUUGCUGAUGUAAUAGAAAACCCAGGAAUCAUCACGGAUGUUGGAAUGAAAGCUGUUAAUGAAGUGUUUCCCUCCAUCAAGUAUCUUGUUAUUUAUAACUGCCCGCAUCUUCACAAUCCACACAGCUGGAUCACAGAUCACUCUCGCUGGAGCAGAUUGCUGGAUCUUACACUAGUACGCUGUCAUGCCAUUAAGCUCGAGUCCUUUAGCCAGUGUGUUGAAAUGCUGCCCAAUCUGGAAUUCAUCUCCCUAGACCAGAUGUUCCGUGAACCCCCAAAGGGUUGUGCUCGGGUUGGUCUGAGUGCAGGCACAGGUAUUGGUGUAUCCUCUGCUCUGGUCAGUAACCAGAACCCUAACCAGAACAACAAUAAUAAUCACCAGAACAAUAAUGAUGCCAAUAUUCAGCCACAUAAUCAGGACAAUGCUGCUGACAUGGCACCACACAGAGUUGAGGAGAUCCAUGAUGUUGAAGGCUUGAUGGUAGAGAAUAUUGAGGUUGAGCCACAGGUAACAGAUGCUAGUCCAGAGAAGGAGUCUAAAGGGUCCUGUCAGGCACAAGAUCAAGAUGAAGAACAAGCAGGGCCCAGUGGAGUGCAGCCCAUGAUUAAGAAAAUUCCAGUAGUGGUGUCUGACUCUGACAGUGAUGAUGAAGCUCCAGACAAGCCCCAAGGUGCAUUUUGCGCCUAUCAACAGUACCCUAAGGCAGACAUGCAGGAGAAGAGAAAUGAUGCAGAAGAGCUAGCCACAGGAGACAAAGGGAAAACUCCAUUGCGCCGAUGGGGGGUGCAGUAUCCCAGCUAUGAGAAAGGCUGCCAGGUGACCAGUGAGCAGAUCAAAGCAGAUAUAAAAGCAGCCAAUGAAACAGCAGUGGAUAGUGGCCAAGACAGAAAUAAUGGGGCUUGUAUCUGCUCCAUUGACUGGAGAGUAGAAUCGGGGAAUCUUGGAAGAACAAGAGAUGGAGGAGGAAGGGAUGAAGGUAGUCUGACACAUUGCAGUUGUAGCAGGACUCACUUAGGCUCAGAGAGCAGUACUCAUUCCACUUUCAGUCAGUCAGGAGGAGAGGAAAGCCAAUCAUCCCACCAUGUUCCCAAGCAGAGAACUAAAGUAGAACCCAGCACAACAGGGCACCAAGGUGGAGUGGUGUCUCAUACAACUUCCAGAGACAUGUUUUCCAGUCGACCAAUGACCCGUGCUUGCAGUAGACUGUGCUCUGUCCCCCUACCACCUGACUCAGGGCUUUCCAAAGCUAUGCCACGGAUUGCAGUGAAAAGAAAACACACUGCAGACAAGUCAACCAGCACCAGUGACCCAGUCACUGAAGAUGACCAUGUACAGGUGCUCACAUUGAAAUCCAAAAAUCUACUGGGAAUCACACUCUCAAACUGUGGCAUCACAGACCUUGUCAUGAAGGACUGCCCUAAAAUGAUGUUUGUCCAUGCCACUCGCUGCAGGGUGCUGAAGUACUUAAAGUUGCAGAAUACUCCAAUAGUGAAUCGCUUUGAUUAUGCCCAGUGCAAGAAACUGGACAUAGAACAGGUCUUGGAUCAGGUGUUGCGCAUACCUGCCGAAAGAAAUCGCAUUGUCUACUUGCGUCCUAUGAAACAGAUUGACUCAUUGGCCCUGGAGAGAAAGUUGUUCAGUGGUCCCUACCCAUAUCACAUCGCAGUUAUCCAUGAGUUCAGUAACCCCCCAAAUAUCAGGAAUAAAGUGAGGGUGCGGAGCUGGAUGGACACUGUCGCUAAUAUCAGUCAGGAACUAAUCAAGAAUGAAUUUUUCCCAGAGGCAAAAAGAACAGAAGCAGACAUAAAAAAAUAUUCUAACUACCCAUGGGGCCGAGACAUCUAUACCUUAGAAGGUGUAGUAGAUGGGGCACCCUACACAAUGAUCUCCGAUUUCCCAUGGCUUCGUUCUCUGCGCAUAGCAGUACCCAACAGUUAUGCUCGUUGGGACUUUGAGGAUGAUGAAAGCACUACUAUCUAUGCUCCACGGCGCAAAGGACAGCUUUCAACUGAUAUCUGCAUGGAGACCAUUGGUGAGGAGAUAUCGGAACGUCGUCAGAUGCAGCUAGGUGUGUUCCAGCGGGUGGUUGUUAUAUUCAUCCAUUACUGUGACAUGCAUGGAGAACCUGUGGAUGAUGACUAUAUUUAAAGCAAAUUGUUAGAGGACUUGAUAAAUGAAAAUUGGAAAACGCUACCUUUUGGGUUCUAAAAAGUGUAUUAUUGAAAACUGUGUGCCUGUGGGAAAGAGGUGCUUUUAUUUUUUGAAAAGCUGUUGUGGUAUCAGAAAAUUACAGCAGUGUGCCAUUCUUUCAAGACAAAUCAGUAUAGGUUCCCCAAGGCUGUUUCUGUCUGUCUUCACAUAGUAAACACAUCUGUUUCUAUAUCUAAGUGCAUGUAAGGAUUGAGUGAAUUAGUUGCUCAUUUUGUAAAGUAAUUAUUGUGCUUGUGUGAUACUGUGGAGUAGUAGCUUUAGUAUAGAGAAAGACUUGCAAUAUAAAGAUGUACAAUGCUUGGAUUUACAAACUAAAAAUUCUUAAAAAUUA